AUGGAGACCUUUGUAUUUCUAUUUUCAUUUUCUGCCCUCGGCAUUCUCUAUGCCAUGAACAGCAUUCCUGCAUUUCAAGAGCCUUAUGUGAUCUUGGAGAUUGGCGUUGCUGUAUUGGUGGUUGUGUUUCUAUUCUACUUCCUCAUCACGCGUGGCAACCCCCCUAAAGAUGUCCUAUUCUUUGUUUUUGCUGUAUUUUCCUUUACUUGUGUCAUUGACCUGGUGAGUGCCUUGGAAUAUGACGGAUUUAUCUCCGGCUUUAUGACAUUCUACCAAAAGACAGGAGAGCCUUACCUGGGGACACCCUAUGCCAUCAUGAUGUGUUAUUGGGAUGGAAUAGUGCACUUUAUCAUGUAUCUGGUGAUGAUCAGCAGGAUAACAGACAGGAAAGGCUACCGAUCCCUGGGUUUGAUCUGGGCUGGCUCUCUGUGUGCCAACAUGAGUGUGUUCAUCGCCGGUAUAGUGGCAGGUAAAUAUGGGUCAGAGAUCCGUCCAGCUUUCUGGAUCAACUUUCUUUUCCUCCUGAUGCCUGUGUGGGGAGCCAUUACACUAUUCACACGGCCCAAGGACAGACCACUAAUUGGUGGAUACAAUAGCCUGGAUGAGCUGGACGAUGAUGACGCCGUGGAGAAGAACAGGAAGGAGGAGGAGGAGCUGGUUCAGGCCAACACUUUCCAGAACGAGGCCAUGGCGGCUGACCCCGCCACCGGACACUUAAUGGAAACCUCCAGAUCUGGGAGCGGCCGCCACAAGAGCUCUCCAGGGCCGGGUUCUGAGGAGGAGGCGGGGGGGAACAGCAGACAGCGACACAACCGUCACACCAGAGAUGAGACUUUAGUGAAGAGGAUGGAGGAGCUGGAGGCGGAGCUGGUCAGAGAGCGCCAGGAGAACGAGCGGCUGCUGAAGGCUCACGAGGACAAAGACGACCUCAUCGGGAAGCUGAAGGAGGAAAUCGACCUGCUGAACAGAGACCUGGAUGACAUCGAGGAUGAGAACGAGCAGCUGAAAGAGGAGAACAAGACUCUGCUGAAGGUGGUGGGUCAGCUGACGAGGUAGAGACCACCCCCCUGAAGAUCUGCUUCCUCCUGACCCCCUGCAGCAUGUCCUUAAAUCAGUUUGAUUCUGUCUCUGUGUGUAAGAGGUGAAACUGUAAAGUAGAGGAGCCUCACAGUGUACAUCCCCCCGAGGAGGAUUUAUCCCAUUGGUGGUGAAGGCUGAGUGAACUAGAGGCAGUCUCACGGGAGGCAGUCUCACGGGAUUGAUUGUCAUCGUAUACAUAUUUAAUGUAAAUGUAUUGUAUAUAGGCCAUUUAGAUAGUUCAUUUUGGGGGGAUAUGUGUUGAUAAGGUCUAUAAAAGCAAAGGUAAAAUGAAUGUAUGUGCUCAAAAACAAGUACACAAAGUCUUUUGAAACUUGUAUAACGGUUUAAUGAAAAAGCUUCGGUAAUCACAGCCGUCACCCAGGUAACAUGAAAUCUCCAGUGUUAUUUCAGUUAAGAGCAGUUUUAUCAGUGUAACAAUGGAGCUUCUUUUGAGGACCAAAUUCAACAUCAAUACUACUGUACCGUCAGCCAAAGUCUCGCAAUACAUAUCAGGGUAUUCUGACAUUUCUAUCCAAAAUUUUUUUUGAAAGCCUGGUGCUAUCUAAUUGAACAUGAGUGCUAGAGUUACUUCCAUCCAAUCAUUUCUCGUUAGACUAAAUUCCAAUUUCGAAAUCUACAAAUGAAGAAAAUUGUAUUAAAAAAAUCAUUCCAGUUUUAACGUUACCAAGACUUUAUAUGAAUCAUGUGCUUUGCGCAUUUCAUUCCUAACAUCUGAGUAUUAUACUUGUCCUGGGGGUGUGAGCCUUCUCGGUGUGUGGAAUCUUUUUUUAAAGCUCUCUGUAAUUGGUUUACAAGUUAUGUCUUUGCAAUAUUUGAUAGGCUGCUCUGUUUAUGGCAUCUAAGAUGUGCAUUUUUGUGUGUAUGAUAACCAAAUGAACUGAAGGAACAUACUAUUUGAAAUGCAUCUCUUUUUGUUUACUCAAGGGAACAGGCUUGGCUGGUCGUGGCAUUUAACUUUCUGUAUUUAGAUCCUUUUUAUUCCACGGAGGAGCAAAUAAUCUGUAGGUUUUAGAAGGCUCUGCUUCCACAAAUAUCACGUGUUUUGGGGGUAGACGCAAUCCCCUCCGCAGACAGUCAUCACAGAUCUCUUUCCAUGGCAUUAUGCAUGUACAGAAGAUUAAGUCAUUUAAUAAAAGUUUGAUUAUCUCUCA